UGCUAAAUAGUAAGCCAGGCAGAGAGUCGUACAGUACUGCUUCCUCCAAAAACCAAAAGAAAGAGGGAUCUAUGGCCCGAAUGCUAUCGAAAAGCCCUGUCCUCCGAGGCUCCAUUCUUCACCACCACCUCUCCUCCUUCCUUCGCCACUUCUCGUCAAAGGCCAAACUGAUUGAAAUCGACCUGGACUCUUCUUCUUCAACAGCAUCCGCCAUUAACAAAAUGGAGGAAAUGUUUCACGCCAUAAUGGUCCAGAAGUCCACCCCUGAUUGGCUCCCUUUCCUCCCUGGCUCCUCCUUCUGGGUCCCUCUGCCUCCCAAAGGUUCCAAGCGAGUUGCCGAUGUUAUUGAGCAAUUGUCCAAUCAGCUCACCCGCGAAGAGUUCCUAUCUCUCACCACUGGCCGCGGCUGGCCCUGCUUCUCCUUUUUCAUCCGUGCUGGUGAAUAUGCAGAUGUUGCAAUCAUGGAUGUGAAGGUGGAAUUUCCACAGCAGGCGGAGGGGGAAGUUAAGGUGGAAGUUUUGAUUGACUCAGGCGACAAAUCUUCUUGACACGUGGACAGUGGUGAUGAUGAUGGUGGAUAAUUUCCAUCUCUCUCAACAUACUACCUCUCAGUCUAAACAAAGCCCAAGAGACCUUUCAGAGCACUAACAGUGUGGAUCCAGACAAUGUAUUUGAGGUGCAUGGAAGGGAGUGAUUCAUGGCUAGGGAGUUUUUCUCCGUGCUGUACACUACAGAGCUUCAGGAAGCAAUUAGGAAAUCUGUUUGGAAAAGGCAAUUGAGGGUUGGUGAUGCAUGGAUGGACAGUUCUCUAAUUGUCCUGGAGAAGCAAAAAAAAAAUUCAGGUGACAAUUAGUAUCCCAAAUUGGUCAAUCCAGUGGAGGCAAUCGGUGGUUGGCUGAAACUUCUUAAAAUACAUCAAUUUGAAAUUUGAUUUUGGUUUACUUAAUGGAUGGUAGGGUGGUGUUAUUGGUGGUGAUGUUGUGAUAAUUUCUAUAGUACUUUGAUUUUUGGCAAUUGUAUGGGAAAACUCAAUGUAUGCUGAAAGCAGUUAGGUUUCUUGGAGCCUAGGGAAUACAGUGUAAGUUGUGUGCAUGGUUGAACAAAUAAAGCUCUGGAGAAUUAUUGUGUUUUUGCAAGAGCUGAAAACAUAAUAUACGAUCUGAACAGCUUGAAAAUCAAAAUUAUGAUUGUUUUUAGUAUUAUCUUCAUAGCAGCAGACAAAUUGCCAUCUUUUAGUGCAAAACCUAAAUAGGCUACUAGCAGUUGUAUUUGCAAUAGACAGGUAUUAGCUUAAUUGAUUUGAUUAUAUAUAUUUGUUAUGUUGUGUUAGGUAAUGAAUGCAUGUUGUUAUUUUCGGGUUUGAGUUCAAGCUUUUUUCCCUUCUCUCCAGUUCAGAUCUAUAAUUUUCUGUUGCUAAUUUUCUU